GGCUCAAUGACGGGGAAGGAUGAUCAUCUUAUAGGUCCUUAAGGGAUUUUGUUUAGAUUUUGAGUUUUUUAAAUCAAGAUUCCGAAAAGUGAAUCUAACAACUUGAGAAGAACGCAUCCAUGCCUCUCUACUCAGAAGAAUGAGUUUUGAAGAGAAAGCCAAAGUGUUUGUGAACACAUUUAAAGAUUUUAAUCGUGAUCAGCAAAACGAAGUCUUGCAACAAAUCCUUCUCGCCUGUCAGGUUUGUUUAUGUCUGAUCUAAAGCUUGCCUUAUACAGUUGAUUUAUCACUAUCUGAAGCUGAUACUGUUCGAGGGAUCGGCGCUGCUAACGACUGAACUACAUGUAUGUAGCAUCAAAGAAACGCCUCAUCAUCGAGGACUCCAUGUGAUCCUCGAAACCACUAUCAGCUGGGUACACAUGUACAUGUAACCUGUUGUUAUAGUAAUUAGUUAAAUUCUUCACUCACCGGCUUUCUUCAAAUUCUCUAGUACUUCUCCUCUUGGAGGGAAUGAUUUUGUUAAUUAAUACUGGCCUUUUUUUAGGAAAUCUUUUGUUAAGAUUUGGAAAGAAUAGAAAAUGAAUGGAGUUAGGUUGCAAGUGACCACCUGCAUUGUCACACAGUCUUACAUGUACAUGACGAGUGCAGUUGACCGGCAUUUCAUGCCAGAUCUUUGCACUUACGACCACAUUAUGAAGUUCGUGAUGAAAUCCAUGAAAGGUGCAUAUGGAGAGGUUAUUAUGAGAGUCAAAAUUUGGAGAGGUUGAACGUGUCUGAGCAGUGGUAACUGUAAGAACACAAGAAACCAAAUGUGUGCUGAUUGCAGAAGUACCACACAAUUUCCAAGGCUUUCUGCAUUUUACUCAAAGCCAGUCACAAAGUACUGUCUUUACAGUUGAGAUAAUUUAGGAAAGACAUCAUUAAUAGUGGGGUUACUGUUAAUAAUAUUAAUUGUUGUUCUUAUUAAUUUAUUAGUCUUUUUAUUUUUGCUAUUUGUGUUUCAGCCACUUCAGCUGAGGUUGCUUUACAAUGAGUUAAAACCACUGCUAGCAGUAGAUUUUGUGGCAUCUCUACCAAAAGAAUUGGCAGAAAGAAUAUUCUCAUAUCUGUCUGUAAAAUCACUCAGUUGUGUUGCACAGUGCAACAGACUGUGGAGGGAAAGAUCAAAUCAUAAUGCAUUUUGGUAUGUUUACAUGCAAUCAACAUAAUACAUGCACCUGUGUUUAUUCCUUAAUUAAUCUUUUUGUUACUGCAAGUGCAUUUAUUUUUUGGUUUAGGUUCAGACUAGAAUUUCUUAUCAAAUAAUUCUGUCUCAUUGAGGUUAUGCAAAACAAUUGAUUCUUAAUCUUUCAUGCCUUCUGGGGAAGGAAGUGGGUUUACACUGUUCAGAAAAAUAUCCAGAGCACUUGAAAGGUUUAAAUGGGGGGGGAAAAUCAGCAUCAGCCAAAUUAAGCUCAAAGUAUCCUAAAAUCUUGUGAAAUUAUCAGAGAAUUUUGGCAACUGUUAGGGUCUGAGAAAUCAAGAUAUAUGGGAGUUUAGAGGAAUUAAAGUUCAUGAAGAGUGUAGCAUUCGUUUAAGUGUGAAAUCACCUAAGGUAGCCAAUGAUCGGUAAUGAAAGUUUAAAAAUGCUCUUUGGUUACCAUCUGCUGGUGUAAGUAAAAAUUUAGAUAUACUAGUCAGAAGCUGUUCCUGCCAAACCAAUUAAUUUUUCUUGAGAAAAAAUGAGCCCUGGGACAAUUUUGUAAUUUUAAAGAUGCAUGGAGAACAUUAGGCUCUUCAGUAAUUCCCUCCUAACACCUUGUAUUUUGAUUUCAAUUUCUUUUACCACCACUUUGGCUGGCUGACUCUGCCAUUCAUAUAUAUACAUGAAUGUUUUUCAGGUAUCGUUUCUGUGUUCAAAAGGGGUGGGACAGAUUUGGAGAAGAUCUUCUGCAAAUGCGUCAUAUGUUAACCUCUCAAGGGUCAAAUGCAUCAUUAACAAAUAACGCAUGUACUGUACUAAAGCCUGCCACCUGCCGCUGGAAGCAGAUCUAUAUUCGAGCCCUCUCACUUGAUAAGAACUGGGAACAAGGCAGAUACUCUGUUGCACCACUUUUAAGAGGACACAAGGAUCCUAUCACCUGCAUGGCUUGUGAUGGUAAAUGUCUGAAAUCAUUUUGAGUGGUUAUAGAAUUGAAAGGAAAACUUAGAGGCUGCUAGAGAAUUGCAGUCAUUGCAUUUUUCUGAAAUUAAAUCCUUACCUAUACCCAGCCCAGUUUCUAUAUGAAUUCUCAACCCUUGGGAAACUGCAAACCCAUCAGCUUUUCACCAUGUCUUAAAUAUUCUACCAUCCUUGGACCCUCUCCAUGAAGAUAUGGAGGCCUAACAGUGACGUUACCAGACUUUGGGUGAAGAGAUCUGGGUUGUAGACCCAGCUUAAUCAAUGUAUUGUGUUUUUAAUAUGCUACUUUCACUGUGCCUCUCCAGUUAAGAGUUCAAAUCAGAGUCAGUGAACUGUCAAGGAAGACUGGCAAAAUGGUGAAGGGAAAUCUGAAGGGACUAGCAUUCCAUCUAGAUGGAAUAGCAAUACUCUUACUAUUUUCAUACUUCAGAGACCCAGCACCAUGCAAGCCACAUGGCUUGGGUGCAAACUUUUGGUCCCUUUUCCCCGUACCCUGUGGUAAACUCCUGCAACUUCAUGUUUACAAUUGAUUUAAAAUGUGAAUGAAAGUGAUCCUCGCAGUAAUGUACACGGAAUUUUUUUCAGGCCUUAUUUCCACCACUGCCCAAGUAGUGCACAUUACUGCAAGGAUCACUUUCACAUCUUUAUCUGCAAUUCAAAUAUAUGACUUUCAUAUAUUCUUAACCAUUUAAUUGAUUUAAAAGUCCUUAUGAUUUCUCUGUUUUUCUUUUCUUUGCUAACUUAUGAUUAAGUUACAUUUUUAAUUAUGCCAAGUGCAAUAGUGAGUCAAGUGCUUUAAGAAAUUUCUUUAACCCUUUAACCCUAAGAGUGACUGGCAUCUAAUUUCUCCUGACCAUACACCCCUGAAUCAAACAUUAAGGUCAGGAGAGUAAAGGAACUGAUCACUGACUAAAGAAGCUUUUGAUUGUUAAACAAAUUCUCCUUGUCACCACGUGAGGAAAUGUAUAGAAAACAGUAUGGAGAAUAUGCAUACUGAUGUCAGUGUGUAAAUGGUUAAACCAUGACGGUGAUUGUACAUUUUGGAGACUAUCCCAUCCAUUGUCUCUAACUUUUCAAAGAAAUAUUCAGUGUGUAUGUAAACAGUUUUCUCACUUUUGUCCUAAAUAGCAUACCACAUAGAGCUUGCAUCAAUUACAUCCAUUUAUGUUUCUACAACUGCUGACAUUUAUUUUCAGGUAGCACAAUUGUGUCUGGCUCGUCAGAUAAUACAGCUCGUGUUUGGGAUGUCCAAACUGCUAAGUGUAUUCUUGUUUUGGACUCACCGCAUACUGACUCUGUAAGAUGUGUGCAACUAAAGGUGAGUCGAUGUGAGUCAAAAUAAAAGAAAAGAAGGAAAGAAAUUGAAGUGAUACAUAAGAAACAAGGAAAAUAACAAAUCAACAACGAAAUGAUAGACAUCAAAGUCUCUAUUAUCGACCAAGAGGAAGCUGUGUUGGUUACCAUAUACUUGUGCAACCUGCAAGACCACUAGCUAGGAAGGUAAUUUAGUGUUAUCAACUGAGUUGAAAACGUAAAUUGGCCACCGUAAAGAGUUUAAAGGCUGACGUUUCGAGCGUUAGCCCUUCGUCAGAGCGAUUGUCUUCCUCAGAUCUGACGAAGGGCUAACACUCGACACGUCAGCCUUUAAACCCUUUACGGCCGUGACCAAUUUACGUUUUCAACUCAGUUGAUUAGUAAUGCUAAAUUACACUGUUAUUCUCGCCCACCGAUGCAGCACCACAGUUUCUUUAGAAACUUACCCCCUUUAUUUACCAGUUGGGAAGCCAAUUACCGUCAUAGUUUGCUAACUAUGACGGUAACAGAUGUGUAUAAGUCAAUAAACCAACUGAAAACAGACCAAAAAGCAAAGAAAAUGCGUAACUUGAGAUUAAGUGGUCAAAUGGGAAGUUUGUUGAAUUGUAGAUAUCAGUUUUACAGGUUGCAUAAGAUGUCAUGUUGAGUCGAAGUGAAAGGCCAUGAUUCAUGUAGACGGAAACUGUUGUUUGAUAUCAAAGUUUUGCCCCUUUGAAAUAAAUGACACUUCUAUUUGUCGACCCAGGAUUCGUUGUGCGCUACUGGGUGCGCAGAUGGAGUGAUCAGACUGUUUGACCUGAAAUCUGGACGAUGUCUCAGGUUUGAUUCAGAAUUAAUAUAUUUGCUUGUGAUGUUCAGAAUAUUACGCCAAAAGGAAAAACCUACUUACCUUCUUCGCGCUCUGUAAGCUUGGCGCUGCAUUUCCCAACUUCCUCUUAGUCUUCCAUUCAGUUAUUCCUUUAUGCCUUUGUUUUUCUCCUCCAUGUUCUCCUGUAUUGGUCCCAUCUCCGGCUCCCUUCUGGUAUACAUGUAACUGCAUUUGUGUAAUGUUUUUUCUUUCUCUUUAAUGUGAGUGGUAAACCUCUAUCUUCCUCUUCGGAUAUCCAUGCUAAGGUUUCCAUCUAGGUCAUAUGCGUACUUUCUUCAUUUUGAAGUCUUUCCUUGUACGAAGUCUCAAAUUUUCAUAUAAAGUGUCCGCUUUCGAAACGCCAAUUUUAUCUUCAUCGCCUACAAGUCCAAGGUUUUAUCUAGCCGGAUAUUGGUAUGUGUACAUCAACAGAUGCUGUUCAUAAUCUUUUUCAAAGCCACCGUGGAUUCUAUUUUUCCUGUCACAUUCUUUACGAAGUGAAGCUCUUAUAAACGCACAAUUUGAUGAACUUUUUCUGUUCCAUUCCUAUUCACUUCACUGCAUUGUUGAUUCACGGAUUUCUUGGCAGUGGCUUACAUUUCUCCUCAUCAAUUUUAAGCACCGUCCUUUCUACUUCAUGGGUCAGCUCAACGGUCUUUAUCUAUAACAACGACAGAAAUAUUCUUCGUCGUCUAUUAACGACAACGUAGAUAAACUCCGAUGAGCGUGAGCUUCAAAGGAACGAUGAUACAAAAUAUGAUUUAAUAUUGAGUUAUACUGCAUGUUUGUCGUUUAAAUUUCAUAACCGUUAGCGAAAGGAAAAGGAAUUUGCAAAGUUCAGUAAAUUUCUGUUUUUUAAGCCUCUAAACACUCCCGUCAGUCAGACUUUCGUGCGACGUACGGAGCUUGAAUACUAAAAUUAGUCACUCAAAGUGUUACCUAUUGUUUCCGUGUACUCGUGGACUAACAAAAUGUACGAUUUGUGUACUGCAGGUCAUUUCAAGGACACACAGGGGGUGUGGAACACUUAUCAUUUGUUGGAAGUACAAUCAUUAGUGCAUCUGCUGACCUGUGAGUAAGGGCUGUAAGUAGGUAAAAUUUGGGAUCACACUCUGUUAUGAUAUCAAGAUAUCUAUUUAGUUGUGGUUAUCUUCCGUUUUUACGCAGAACUGUGCGGGUGUGGAAUUCAGAUACUGGUGCUCUUCUUCACACUAUGACUGGCCAUUCAGAUGAAAUUCAGGUAAUUUUAAAUAGUUUUAAGAUGCUGUAUUGAUAUCUUGCGAGUAACAUUGGUCAAGUCUCAUGAAGGCUAUUUUAGUUCCUUUGGCUUAAAACGACAUGCAGUAUUGCUACUGCUACUUGGCAUGUAAACCCCCUGCAUCAAUUGUCCAUUGAAGUUUGCUGGUACCCAUUCUUACUCCCGGCUGGAUCGAGGCAUUGUGAGAGUAAAGUGCUUCACUGAGAACGAAAUACACCAAUCAGUCGAGACUUCCAACUCGCUUCUUCCGAUCUGCAAACUAGUGAAUUAACCACCAGGGCCCAGUUGUUCAAAGGGUCGAUAAAGCUAUCCAACUGAUAAAUCGUUAUCCAGCGGAUAACUGUAAACAAAACGUACUGCGCUAUCCACCAGAUAGUGAUUUAUCCAGUGGAUACCCUUAUCCACCCUUUGUACAACUAGGGCCAGAUCUCUGCGUCCCCUCUUCUUUCAACUUAGUCUUUAUUUUGCUAUGUAUGUCAAGUGACUGGAACAGCUGCCAACCAAUCAAAACGUUUCUUUUGUUUGUAAGGCAUUGGUUGCCCGUGACGACCUCGUGAUCACAACAUCUUGGGAUGAAACCAUAAGGCUAUGGAAUGUGACAGCGGGCGCUUGUCUCUUAACACUGAGAGGCCAUACGGAAGGUAAGUAACUUCAAUUGCAAGAUUUAUAGCUCUCGUAAGCCAGCACCGAGGGAUUGCACUAAAACUCAAAGUAGUAACUAGUGGUGUAAAUGAUAAAAAGGCUAUCUGAGUUUGUUCAGCCUGGGUUAAUGUGAACCUGAACUUGUUCAAGUAAAUAAAUGAUCCUCCCAGGUGGACUCCAAUUUUAACAAUUGAAGAAAAUGGACAUUUUUGUCUUUUAGUCGUGAUUAUUUUUUUUUUUUUCUUGUUGUUACUCUUUAAAAACUGAAAAUGUUGCGCAACAUAUCGAACAUAAUUUUCUGAUAUUUAGUUUUUAUAACGUCUAUUGACAGCUGUUUUUUGUUGUGACUUUAACGAAAAGAAGAUAAUCAGUGGGGGAGGUGACGGUUUGAUAAAGAUCUGGGAUGCUCAGACAGGAGAUAAUACAUUCACUUUGGUUGGGCAUACAGGGGAAGUGGUAAGCGAUGAAUCCAUAGUUUGCUUAUUGUAUGAAAUACAAAGAGACAUAAGUUUUACACAAUUAUGCACGUUAUUUUGGCCAUCAAGCAAAACUGAUUUCCUUCAAUGAGGUAAAUUCGCCUUAACGCCUUUUUUAGGUGUUGGUUGGAGUUAGUGCGCGAAGUUUGAUGCUGAACACAUUACCAUCUUUCUUAAUCUAUUCAGUAGCACUCUGUUUUCGUUUUGCUGAUCGUCACAUAUGAACUUAGUAAAAACCCUAGAUCGCCAUAGAGCUCUCUGUAGCUCAGUAGUCGAGCAUCAGAGGGCGCAAUGCAAGAACUGAGGUUCAAUUCCUCAUAUGGAAGUAUUUGGCAUGAUUGUUCGUGUAUUAAUUUAAAUUUAGAAAAAACCAAACAUGCCGCCCCUAUGGCCAAGAAGCCAGCACAUCUUUUGAUUUCACGUGCACGGAAUGAACACGUUCUUAAACUUUCUUGACUACUUUAUCCAGUACUGUUUACAGUUUAAUGAUGACAUAAUUGCGUCUGGUUCGGCGGACAGUACAGUGCGAUUAUGGAAUCAUCAAGGUAGGUGACUUUUUCAUUUCUUGUAGUUAUACCUUGUUUCUUGAUGCACUCUAACUAGAUUGUUAUUUAACAGUCACUAAUAUGUUUGGCAGGUAUCCUGCUUCACACACUGGAGGAGCAUAUCGGGGUGGUCAGGUGCCUGUGCCUCUCAGGUAAUCGGCUCAUUUCUGGCGGAGACCGGAAGCGCAUCGCUCUUUGGGAUAUGAAGGUAUGCCGUAAUGCUGUUUGAAGAAGUACUUCGUAAUUUUGGCGUAUGCAUCAUGAAACGUUUAACCUGUUAUUUUUCAAGAUUUUUUUUUAUCCUUAUUAGUCUUCGCUAUCCUCGGCAUUCUAUUCCCUACUGGCGUUGGCUUACCUUGCCAAAAGACUAUAUUUAGGCUUUUGUACAGCACAUCUCCGUAACCUUGAACUGGUAUGGACUUAAAAUGCCGUGCCUUAAAUCGUUUAGGGUUUUUUGUGUAAAUUUAACUUUCUUAUAGUCUUGUCUGGAUUCUAUUUUCAAAUAAGCAAAUGGAAAAAUAUCCUCUCUACGUUUUUAUAAAACGGGAGACAAACGUUUUCUUUGUUCCCUUCCUAUAGGAGGGCAAGCUGUUGAACGUGCUGCAUCGUAACCCAACAUUGCUGCACCUUAUGUGGGCUGAUGAAACCAAGCUAGUCACUGCCUCUCCAGACACACCAGGAACUGUAACCUUCAUAAAUUACUGGUAGGGUUGUAACAAGUUACAAACCUGGCGUGCAGGUUGCGUGUGGAUAUGUGUACUUCGGCAAUCGUGCAAGUCCUUCCUGAGAAUUAUAAGGGAUCAUGCACCUUCUCUGGUGACUUGCAACAAUUUCCCUUUUGCACACAAGUUUGGUGUGAUAUCGAAAACAAGAGUGAAUUUAAUCAUUGAUGGUGGCAAAGCAAGUCGAAAGUCGAUCUUUCUUAUGGCGUGAAUGUAGAACCCUUGUGGCAUGAUGGACAAGCCAAUAGUAAGUGUUCAUCUAUCGAUAAAGGAUGACGAGUUACCCGCGAUACCAUUUUUGUAUUAAAUGAGCUCGGGCGAACAUUACCUGCCUGAGGAGAUCAACGCAAGAGAGGAAGAGUGACGUUAGCACCGUUGUUUAGAAUAGGGCGUAAGAAGCACCGAUAUGAAACAAACGUUGUAUAGCUCAAAAUUUGGGCUAAGCGUUGUAAAUAAAAUUGG